AUGGACAAGAAUUCCGAUACCAAGUCUGUCACUGGUGGCAAAGCCCCAACUAAAACCUCCUCUGCUUCCUCGACAAAGAAGAUCAAGAGUGCAAGCGACAAGAAACGCAAGCCGAACCGCAAGGAAACGUAUUCAACGUACAUUUAUCGUGUGCUGAAGCAAGUGCACCCUGACACGGGCAUUUCCAACAAGGCCAUGUCCAUUCUCAACUCGUUUGUCAAUGACAUUUUCGAACGGAUCGCCUCUGAAGCCUCCAAGUUGGCUGCUUACAAUAAGCGCUCCACCAUCUCCUCGCGCGAGGUCCAAACGGCAGUUCGUUUGAUUUUGCCUGGUGAGUUGGCUAAGCACGCCGUCUCCGAAGGCACCAAGGCUGUUACCAAGUACACUAGCUCCAAGUAA